CUCGAAACUGGGAAGGCCUGGGAUCUUUUACUUGAGCAAAGGCACAGAAAGAAUUUCAUAGUUUGGUGCGUACAUUUUCCAUGAGCAACAGUUGUCAUUAACAAUGCUCCUGCCUCCUUCGUCUCUUCCCAAGCCCUAUGCCGCCUCCCAUUUGCCCCUCAAUUUCAACAAAUUUACAUCGUGCCCUUCCUCCACCGCCACCACCACCAAAACCUCUUUGAUCGUUUGCACUCUCUUCAGAGACUCGACUCGUCAUAGGAUGGGGGAGGAGACGAAAGACUCUGAAUCGGUGGUUCUUCAGCGGCCGGACUCUUUUGGCCGGUUUGGAAAGUUUGGCGGGAAGUAUGUUCCUGAAACCUUAAUGUAUGCUCUCUCCGAGCUCGAAUCCGCAUUCAAAUCUCUUGCCAGAGACCAAGACUUUCAGAAAGAGUUGGAUGGGAUAUUGAGAGACUAUGUUGGCAGAGAAAGUCCUCUUUAUUUUGCAGAACGGCUUACUGAGCACUAUAAGCAUCCCAAUGGCGAAGGGCCAGACAUAUACCUCAAGAGGGAAGAUCUUAACCAUACAGGAGCACACAAAAUCAACAAUGCUGUUGCCCAAGCUUUGCUUGCCAAGCGUCUGGGAAAACAGCGCAUUAUAGCUGAAACUGGGGCUGGUCAGCAUGGAGUUGCCACUGCAACAGUAUGUGCUCGAUUUGGUUUGCAGUGUAUCGUCUACAUGGGUGCCCAAGAUAUGGAGAGACAAUCACUUAAUGUCUUCAGAAUGCGGCUUCUUGGAGCUGAGGUUUGUUUCUCAUGCUUAAUUCUACUUAUUUUUAACUAUUGAGCCUUUGUUGGCUGGUACCCAAAAAAAAAACACCUUUAGUUGCAACUAUAGAGUGAUGGUUUGUCCUUUUGAAAAUUAAUGGAAGAGUUGAUUGGUUCAUUUUAUGUUUUUUGUCAUGGUUGGAAUGAAUGGUAAUGGAGCACACCUCUAUGGUUCUAACGAUAUUCAUUUAGUUGGUUUCUAAUUUGUUGGGGUCCUCAAAUAGGGGUCUUAUUGUAAUUGCUUUCUAUUGCAUGUUCAUCUACCACACACUAUUGACAGUCAAUUAGUGAAAGUUAAUGAUUAAAUGAUAUGGUUUAGUAUGAAUAUGUUUGUUGCCGAUGGAGAAAGUGUUAAUAGUAUGCUUUAAGACCAAUCAUAUAGAUGAUGUUUUAGGGUUUUACUAGCAACAUUCAUUACUUAAUCAAAUAAAAGGGCAAGUUUAUUUAUCAUGUUUCUACUUUAUUUCAUUUUAAUAUACAUAAUAUAGUCCAUAGAGUAUACCUUAAGAAGAUAGUUUCUCAAGGUGUUGAGAAGAGGAGACUUAUAUACUUCUUAGUACUUAACUCUUAAAUGUUCCUAGUCAUAGGAUUAUUAUUUGGGCACUACGUAAUCUGGAUAGACUAGCACACAUUAUGUUUACUCAUAUUUGAUGAGGUGACUUGUCCAGGUCACUAGUGUAGGGACACUGAAGCAGGUGUGUGGUUGCUUGUUAGAGAACAAGUAUACUGAACGUGACCGUUAACUAACGUAGAAUUUUUCAUAUGAAGUUUUACAUACCUAUCAAUGUUAAAUCUUAAAGUUAUAGUUAUGCAACUGAUUCUUAUACUUGAGACACCAUGGUUGUCUUGUGCAUGAAUUUUUAUGCUUUAACUAUACAACAUAUUCAUAUACU